AUGAGCAGUUCCAGUCAAGCAACCAUCUCGAUGCAGCAGGUAGAUCCUGAAAAGGCUACCCCAGGGCCGGCCGUGGCGGAGGACAUGCCAGCAAAAUCCCAGGACGACAUAACCUUCCCCGAAGGAGGUCGACAAGCGUGGCUUGUAGCGAUAGGAAAUGCCUGCGUUCUGUUUUGCACCACAGGAUACUCCAACACCUUCGGCGUUUUCCAAGCCUACUACACCCUUCAUCAGUUCUCGGACAAGUCAGCGGACGCCAUCUCCUGGAUCGGCUCAACACAGGCCUUCCUGGGCUUAUUCGCGGCGAUAGUCGGAGGUCCGCUGUUCGACCGAUACGGUGCCUGGGUCAUCCGUCCAGCGGCCGUCGUCUACCUGUUCGCCAUCAUGAUGACCUCGCUGUGCAAGGAGUACUGGCAGUUCAUGCUGGCGCAGGGCAUCCUUCACGGCACGUCCUCCGGCAUCCUGAUGUUCUCGGCCAUGGCAGCGACACCGCAAUACUUCCGCAAGCGCCGCGGCGUGGCGAUGGGGCUCGCCAUGACGGGUUCCUCCAUCGGAGCCAUCAUCUAUCCUAUCGUGCUCUCCAAACUACUCAACGACUCCUCAAUCGGCUUCGGCUGGUCUGUACGCAUCACGGGCUUCAUCAUGGUGCCGGCCAUCAUCUUCAGCUUGUUUACCGUGAAGGCCCGCCUUCCGCCUCGCCAGACCAACUUCCUCCUGCUGUCGGCCUUCAAGGAUAAGCUCUACGUCACGCUGAUCCCGUCGUUGUUCUUCCUCUUCAUCGGCAUGUUCGUCCCCUUGUUCUACCUGCCGACGUACGGCAUUUACCACGGCAUGUCUGAGUCAUUGGCCUCGUACCUCGUGGCAAUGAUCAAUGCCGCCUCCAUCUUCGGGCGCAUCCUGCCAGGGAUCAUGGGCGAUAAGGUCGGCCAGCUCAAUGCGCUACUCUUCGCCGGCACAUCAACGGCCAUCAUGAUCUUCUGCUGGCCAGAGGCCACGACUCAGAGUGGUAUAAUUGCCUUUUCGGUCUUAUUUGGUUUCUGCUCCGGGGCCAUCAUCUCGGGCGGCGCCGUCGCGAUGACGUUGUGUCCCAAGGAUGUACGGGAUAUGGGAACAUACCUGGGCAUGGGCACGGCUUUAGCGUCCUUUGCGGCACUUAUGGGGCCGCCUGUCACGGGGUCAUUGUUCGAUAGGUAUGGCAGCUUCGAGCAGGUCUCGAUCUUCAGCGGCGCCAUGUGUAUGGCGGGAGCUGUGUUGGUUGUGCUUGCGAAAGCGUUUACGCCUCAGGGCGUGUUUGGUAAGGUUUGA